AUGGCGCAAAAAAGACAUUCAUUGCCAGACAGGGGAAGUUAUUCCGUAAGGCAAAUUGUCCGCCCACCUUUCCGAAACAGAGAAGAUUUUUGUAAUGUAGCUGUCAGAUUAUGGACCUUUCAAAUAAUACCCUGUUCGGUCCCUCUGCCUGUCACGCGCCUUGCACGCGCUAGGUUCUACUAUUCUGGUGAAGAGUGGGCUCGUUGGGAUGACCCUGCUGUGCGACAUCGCAAUUUCUACCCACAUUGUCCUUUGGUGAGAGGGACUGACACAGGUAAUGUUCUAAUUCUUUCCACAGGUGAUCCUCUUUCUAAUUUCAGCAUACUCGCUAUUGUUCAUUUUGAAAAUGCAAGGUCUACACCACUUGACCUUGGUGGCAAUGCGCUCUCACUACUGGCAAGUCAACAAGCACUAAGUAAUGCACUAAGUUAUAGUGUGCAACCCAAGGGCUUGGCAACAGCUGUACCGGGCAAGGAGAGCCGGGUACUGGGUGCCUUCUUUGAGGGGGUCUUAAGGAAUCGGGAAUCAAUUGCCAAAACUGGAGCUGAGAGAUACGCCUUUGGAAACACAAUAAUCCCGACCUGUUGUAUCUGCCCGCCAUUUCGUAUUUUUAAAGAACUUGCCAGGGCUCGGUUCUUUAACGACGUUGCCAAAACUGGAGGCACACAAGGGAUACUACCAGUGGGACCCAGACACGAGAGAUACGAUUGUGUAAACACUAGAUUCUCGGCCUUUGCUAAAUGGCCGACACCUCGUGGUUUACGUCCUGAAGGGUUCACCAGGGCCUGGUUAUUUAACGAAGUUGCCAAAACUGGAGGCACACAAGGGAUACUACCAGUGGGACCCAGACACGAGAGAUACGAUUGUGUAAACACUAGAUUCUCGGCCUUUGCUAACUGGCCGACACCUCGUGGUUUAC